AUGGAAAUGUUUGAAAAAACGAAAGCAUAUUUUGAAACCUGCAGAACAGAAGAAAACUUUGUGUCUUUCUUGACGGAUUCCAAAGAAUUGGCUGCAGAAUUAGAGCUAGAAGAUCUAACAUUACCACGGAUAAGUGUUUCCCGGCGACGAAGUAAGAAGCCAAUACACUUUACCUAUCAAGGAAGGAAUGAGACAAUAGAUGACCCACCAAAACGCUAUAAGAUUGAAUUCUACUAUUAUCUUUUAGAUAUAGUAACCACAUCUUUGGAUAGGAGAUUCAAUCAGCUGAAAUCUCAUUGUGAUUAUUUUGAUUUUCUCUACAUCGACGAGCUGAAGAAUGCACAUCCUGACAGCCUGGACACAAAGUGUAGAAACUUCGCAGCGAUUUUGCAAGAUCAUGAGUCAAGCGACAUUGAUGCACUGGAGUUGAGGGAAGAGCUAAAAGUGCUUUCAACGUUGUUGAAACCUGGAAUAGGUCCAAAAGAGACUCUAAAGUUUAUAGGAAGACAACUUUUGCCCUAA